GGAAGGAAGGCUCCAGUGACGCAGUAGACAAAGCCGUAUAGCGAGACGGCGGCGGUCUUCGCAGAAGGGGUGAACAGUCGGGAACUGCGGGACAAGCAAAGAACAAGCAAUACGGCCCGGCCCACCCGCCGGAUGAAACAAAAAUAUGGCGUUCGAAAACAAAAACAAAGCAAGUGGGGGGUGAGUCGACCGCCGGGAGCGAGCAAGCGCGAGUAGCCAGCCCUUUUGAUGUAUUCCGGCACGGAGAAUCACGAAGGUACCAGUAUGCAGGGGAGUGAAAGCAGGUUUGGGAAUUCCCGAUGCCCGACGGCCUGGCAUGAACUGCGUGCGUCGGUAGACAGCGCCGUCGAUUUCACUGCUGCCGUCCGUGUCUGGGUGCACGCUCUCUGCGGUCGUCUGUAUACGAGUUACGGGGGGCGUCGACUGCGGAUGGGGACGCGUGCUGCUGCCGCUGCUUCUGUUUGACCGUCGAAGCCUGCGGACGCACAGUUGGUUCGCCUACGCGUCAACGCUUUGGACGUUAGGAUCGGACGUCGCAGACUGCCGGCUCGCCGUUCCACGUCGCCGAGAAACAGCGAUGGACCGCGCAAGAGGCGCCCAGGCGGUUCGACUGCCGCAACUUCUCAUCGUUGCAGCACUGCUAUCGACUGGAUUCUCAGAGACCGUCACACAGCCCACCCAUGAAGACAUCCGCGAGGGCAUCAACUCUCCCAUGCCGUACGGCUUCAAGUACGAGGCGUACGGCGACGACGGCGGAGGUCACACGCGCCAGGAGUCGGCCGACGGCAGCGGACGCGUCGUCGGCUCGUACACCAUCUUCAGCCCCGAGGGCUUUCUCAGGCGCGUCUUCUACGAGGCCGACGAGAACGGCUUCCGCGCCCGCGUGGAGACCAACGAGCCGGGAACCAAGACGUCAAACCCGGCCGACGUCACCAUCGUGUCCACGGCCUCCGGAGGAGGACCUGCCGGAGGCGGCGGAGGCGGAGGCGGUGGAGCCGGUGGUGGAACACGAGACACACCCCUGCCCGGUGGGUCCACGACGCGGCCCGUCAAGACCACGUCACCGGAUGCCGGGGGCACGACCAAUGAAGUGACGGAAACGACAACCGGCCUGCCUCCCGGAUACGUGCUUCCCGAACGGUACCGGCCGAACGCAUCCAGGCGGCCCGCUGGCGCCGAACUACUGACGUCGCGGAUCCUGACCCUCGACCAGCCGGUCGAUGGAGACCAGCUCUACCCGGGCCGUCCGGGCUUCGACACGGACACGAACGCCCUGAAUCCUCCGCCACCGGGCAUUCACACGGGAGCUCCGCCUGCUGGAAUCGUGCCCGUCGGUCCAGUCCAGGUUACUCGUGUUCCUGGACGUCCCGGAGCAACUCCGGGCCCCAGGCCUCGACCUCAGAUCAACUACGGUCCAUCUAGAGACUCUUUCGGGCAAUUCGACGGUGGCGUCGCGCAAGGUGGUGGACCGUCUGGCCCUUCGUUCGAAGGACCAUUCAGGGUACCAGCUGGUUCGACCGGUGGCAUAUUUUCGCCGUCUCAAGUAACACCCAAAGGAGGCUUUAGCGUGCCCCAAGCCUUUGGCCCAUCUGCAACACGUGGUGGUGGCGCCUCAGGAUCGAAGUCGCCUUUUCCCAAUGUAGGCGCCUCUCAAGGUGCGGGACCAGGUUCUUUCGGACCUCGGAGGCCUGGACUCAACUACCCGGGCGCGUUCCGCGGAGGCGCUGGCAUAGGACAGAAUGUACCGUCCGGACCAGGUUACCAAAGCGGCGCUGGUCAGCAAUACCAGCCGCCAGAGCUCGGGGCUCCACUUUUCACCCGCGUGACGCAAGGUUCUCAGAAGUACCCAGGACGUGGGGACUAUGGCUCUCAGCCGGGUUUCACGGGACCGGUUCAAACAGGGGCACCAGGUGCGCCCGGUGUCUUUGUGGGACCGGCUGGCGGAGCAAGACCAUCUUUUGGCGGUAGAGCGCCCUUCGGAGGGCCCCGUUUCGGUCCUGGUGGCAGCUUUUCUGGUGGUCCCGUAAACAAGUUUGAUACCCAAGGACCUGGUGAUAAACGAUUCGGUGGCCCAGGACAACCAUCGUUUGCAGGCGGUCAAGCGGGUGAACAAGGAUUCCCGUUUGGACCAGGAGGUGCGGUUGGAGCCGAUGUCGAUGGUGGAAGCAGCGCUGACUCGAGCAAUGAGGAUGGCUUCGCACCCAACGAUCCCCGGAGACCGUUCCUCUUCAGAAACGAAGACGAACGACCAGCCACCCCCGCAGGUCCCGCUAGUCGUGGCGGAGCCGGCCAGGGAGAUGGCGCGUAUGCCAUCCAGGCGGAUAACGGGAAAAUUCAGUCAGUCGACUUCCGUCCGGGCGCCAGGCCCUUCCAACGUGCCGGCCCAGGCAACCGUUUCGCGGCGAACCGGGGCAACGUACCGAGGGGGCCAUUCCGACGACCAGGUUUUGGAGCUACUCAUCGCGAAGACCCAUUCAGGCCCUACAAGCCUCCGCCUCUUGAGAGCGGCCACCAGGAUCCCAUCUUCGUUCCGCAGAGUCUUUCUGGACCAGGCAGCUCCGGCCCUUCAUUCGACGGCAGGGAACCCCAGCGCAUCGACGGUUUCAAGUCUCGACAGCAAACUCCCGGCUUCGGCGGGCCAAGGUCUCCCGACGGUUUCGCCGGGAACUACCCUUACCGCAAUACACUUUCUUCCGGCGGUCCGCAGCCUCCGACCGGAACGCGAGACCAGUUCUCCGGAAGGCCUCAGCAACCUUUCUCUCCGUUUGCGAAUGCAAGGCCCGUACCAGGCGUGCCCACGGCGAACUUUCCAAAUCCCCAAAACCAUUUUGCUAAUCGGUUCUUUGACCGAACUCCUGCCGGAACCUUGGGUACACCGGUUGGACGUCCUGCCGGUCUUAGCCCUCCGUCUUUAGUUAGCAUGGAAGUCAUCCGAUACGGCCCGCAGGGUCCACAAGUUCACCAUUUCAACGGAAGUGGUUUACCCGGGUCUUUGGCACCCCCUGAAAACCUACAGGUCGGUGGACCGUUGAAACCGACGGGAUUUCCCGGCAGCCCAUUCCUUGCUAACAGGCUUCUGCCUCGGCCUCCAUUACCAGUCAGAGACAGCGCAAAUCGUGUCCUGUACAGCGAGGCACCCCAGCAGGCGACUCUUCCGAGACGGCUGGGCGAAUCGAAGGGCAACGAAGAUGACUUUGGCGGUGCUUUCGAAGGUUUGAUCAGAGACGAGCGUCCGGACCUGUUGGAGUUGAAGCCGAAACCGAAGCCGUCUGGUUCCGCGCAAUCGCAGCCAGGUGGCAACGUUGACUUCCUGGAAGACCUCUUGCCAUUUUACGAGAAGGAUUUAGACGUUGGAAAGAAGGCGAAUGAAGCCGCGAACGGAGGCGACAGAAAACCGGUGAUUCACGAACCCAUAGUGCCAGAGCAUCGUGAUUUGCUUUGCGAUGACGACGACGGUCUUGUGAAAAGACCGGAAUGUAUAAAGACGCCUAAACAAGAAGGUGAUAGUUCGGGUGAGGGAGCGAAACCUGAUGGCAAAGGUGUUGAAGCUCCAGUCGACCCCGACGAGGAAUUUUUAAACUACAGAAAUCCAUUUUCCGGAGUUCUCCCAUCUCCUGACCUCGGUGCUCCAGAAAAGGUUGACAGGGACAGCAAGCAAUUUCAGCGUCCGUUCCUUGAUAAGGACAAGAAAAUUGUUCCUGUGCUAAUUGAUCAAAAUAGACCUGCGGUCGUACUAGACGGAGCUGUUGCAGUGAACAGAAACGGACUCGGUCCUAGCACUGGGGAAUCCGAUGUUCCAGGUAGGGCCCCUCCUGAACUCGGUGCCGGGAGCCCUGUUGAAGGCAGACGAGCAUUCGGUAACAACGGAGUCUUUCGAACUAACUUCGGACCGUUUUCCGGUUCCUCCAAUGGCCGGUUCGGUCCUCGCGGUGGCGUCCCAGGACAAGUAUUCGGUCCGGCUUCCGGCCCGCGAGCUCAAGACGGAAACUUCUUAAGGUUCCCGAACGCUCCAAGUCGCGGAAUAAACGAUCUAAGAAAUACUCAAGACCCUUUCAAUAGAAACUCGCAACCUUUUGGACAACAACCUUUCUUGCCACGACCACCUCAGCAAACGCUACGCUUCGGACAAAGACUGAGCGGCGCGAGAAAUCCAAAUUCCCUCAUUCCUUCUCAGCGACCACCGAGGGUACAGCAACAGCCGGAAAACCGAAUUGUCUUCCCUCCACCACCACUCCACCGAAAGGCCGUACUUUCUCCUCCAGACGUUCCAGACAGCUUCGGGAACUCGUUUAAUGGCAGGGCACCCUUUAAUUUCCCUCAAGGUCAAGGUGCGUCUAGGACAGGACAGCCGACAGUCGGGUUUUCCCAACCUGGUGCCGGAGGACAGGGAAAUGUUGGAGCCGUACAACCACGAUUCGGUUUUGUAGACUCGAGACAGCUUCGACCAAGGCCUGGUGCCGGUGCCGUCUCGGGAAGAGAAGACGCGGGCCCUGACGUGGAUGUCCCGCGUAAACUUGUGGACGACAGCAGCCCUCCGCCAGCCUCGUUCACUUUUUCGGAUGCUAAGAAAUCACCCUUAGUACCUCGUCGCCCACCCCUUAGCGACGGAAGACAAAAGGUGUUCAAGACCCCAUCCGACGAUGUAGGAAAGAGCGGCCAAGGGCAAGUUACACCAGAAACGCCGGCGAGUGCGCCGAGACAGGACCCUGCCGGCCUCUUGCGAAAGCCACUUCUGGACGGUAACGCACGCAUCACCGAAGACCUGGACAGGAGGGCUCCCAAUGCCGUUCCAGGUCCUUUUAACUUCGUAGACACGCGGGCACCGCUGGACAUAGCUCGUCAACGGUUCACGCAGGGUAGGCCGCAAGCUUUCGAUUCGGCGCGUCAGCCUGGUAGCCGACCUGCGCGCGUGGACGGACUGGCUCUGCAAGGGGUUCCCGUUGACGGCAGCUUGGAUGGUGACCGGCAAGGCGGCUUCGGUGGUGCUCCUGACGACGUAACGAGGCAGCUGUUGCCGACGAGCAGGCGGGUCGGUGGCAUUGUUGGAGAAGUGGUAGGCCCGGCAGUCAUAAUCCCUCAAACGGGUCCUGUGCGUCAGCCAAUUCAGGCGUCCCGGCCCAUUCUUCUGAACGUUGAGAGGGUACCACUUGGAGGAACUGCCGUCCCAGACGACUUGAUAGCCGACAAGAAUCCACAAGAUACCCAGGCUUUUGUACAAGGACCUCAAGGCCAGGAUAUCGCCAGUCAAGAGUUGCUGCGUCGAGGUGUGGAUUCAACUGGAGCCAGUGAAGAUGGAGGCAGAGAUGAGGACGGCGAGCCCGAGCGGGUGAACCCGUACUCCUUCGGCUACUCCUCGUACGACGGUCUGGGCAGCAAGGUGUCUCGGCACGAGACCAAGGACGACACGGGACGCGUCACUGGCUACUACAUCGUAGAGGACGUGGACGGCCGGAAGCGGACGGUCCACUAUAUUGCCGACAAAGAUGGCUUCCGGGCGACCGUGCACACGAACGAACAGGGCACCGACAACCAGGACCCGGCGAGCGUUAAGAUGCGCGUCGAAAACAGGAUGCCACACCCUCCGCCCACUCCUCGGACUCCGUCGCCAGAGAAGACGUCACCGUCGCCGACGCUAGGCGACGGUGUGGACGUUCCGGUUCUGGACGCUGUGGAUCAAAGUGUGAAAAAGAGCUAAUGGUUGCUUGCCGUUACUUAUUGCCAGUUAGUUCACUUAAAUUCGUAUGACACCCUUUGUUGACGGGAAUGUUCUCGCGCUUGCAUGUGCACGCGCGACUGCCAAUGCAUUUUUGCAGGCGGACGGUCGCUUUGAACCUGCCGAAGGUCAACACCGCAUUUUGGAAACAAAGCAAGCGGCGUCUAAUGCUAGGCGUGUGUUCACGUUAUCCGAGUACUACAUGCAUCUCGUUCUUCGCAAGCACAAACAAAAUCGAAGCGCAUGUCUCACGCGCAUGUUUAGCGACGUGCACUCGUAUCAUUCAAGCGUAUUAUCGCUUGCAGCGGCAGCACAAAUACUAUGCACCACUUUUUGUUUUUUUUAACAGACCCGUUAGUCUGUUAGCGUAGACACGAAUCACAUCGUGACGUCCAGACUACGUGAAUGUGCCCUUGCCGAAGAGAGUCUUAAGCGUGACUUGUACUUGCAAGAGUAUACGUGAUACGCAGCUAUACGUACGCGCUACGAAUGUGACAGAGAAGACAGAUUUGCCGGUUAGUGUUGCGAAAGGGUGAACCGGCGUGUAACUGUGACAACGCGGUGACGUACCGUUUGCAAAAACGAAGCCUUCACACGAGGACUCUUUCAUUUGUGUCUGUCAGGCGUUGACAGGCGAGCGCCACUAAAACUAGAUGACGUGGUAAAAGGGGUGUAAAGUUGUUAUUGCUUGCUAGAAGGUUAGCGCAAUCAAACAAAAUGAACACGGUUGCUCACUGCCAGUCACCAUCAACACCUUUAGGUGCCCCACUAGUACUGUUUUAAUCAUAAAGUUUUUUUUUAGUGCUACAAAUUUUAAUAAAAAUUGCCAUCGUAAUAUUGCGGCGCCACACGCGCGCGAGAAUUCGUGAGUAGUAUCCUUGAAAGCGUCGGAUCACUAUUAAAGCAAUAGUGGUGCUUUCAAGGCGUCGGAUCACUAGCGAAGCGAUAGUAGUGCUACAUUGUCGCCUAUAGCAACACACUUGGUGGAGUGGGACCGCGUUGCAAUGCUUUUGGCAGCCUUAGUAGAUAAGCGAUCUUUUUUUUUUUGUAAUAGCUUACACAUCACUAGCACAUAUCUCGCUGUACAGGCCAGGAAAACACAAGCUUUAAAUGAAACACGCGCGCGUCAGCUUUUUCAGGGCAUUCACUUUCUUCUUGGUUUACUGACAGGCCCACUCGAUGGAUAAUAAUUAUUAGCCUCACAACUGCUUCAUUCAAUCACACGCAGUAUGAAGUUGCUGCUAUGCUAGAGAGUACGUUCCGCUGGUCUUGUUUUUAUGAUUCGUAUCUAGUACUAAACACAGGGAGGACGUAAAAAUCACUGCGUGCCUGAAAUGCGAAGAUGUUAUCGCUGCGUUUUACAAUCGUUAUCGUAUGUGUGUGCGUGUGCGUGAAAAUGUCAUAACGAUUUUACAGAUGACCUUGUUUUGUAGCUCAUUCAGACGUGGGACAAGCAGUAUUAGGCGUAAUAACUGCAAGUGGCUGCGAACACUCUCACACAUCAUGCUAAUGUCAUUUCUUCUGACGAGUCCCACUAUAAGUCACAGUUCGCGUACCGCGUCUGGCUUUUGCUCAUCGCUGUAUUUAUAGAUCUAUCAAAACGGCACGUGGUUUUCCAUUGCUUCACUCGCUUUCAAGCUAAUCUCAGAAUCACUAAAUUUUCGAUUUGCAUUUACGUGACUACGUAUUUUAGCAUUGCAUUAGCAAUUUCUUUUUAUGUAUAGUCAUUCAUCAGUGGCAUUCAAGGCUGUAUCACGUGUACUAAGACUGAAGAAUGGAAUCAGUUUUUAUUUUGCGUUAUUUAAGCCAUUAUUGCAGGUCCUUCUCUUCAUCUCGGAACUCUGCCAUCUGUAGCGACUUCGUUUUUUACACGUUUUAAAUAAGCGCAUUCUUUCACUGAGCUACAAAAUAAAAAAAAGACAUUUUU